UGGGGAGGGGGGAGUCGGGAGACACCAGAGUUCAUUUCACUUACCUUCUCUCUGUGUUACUCCCCAGAAAUGUCCUCAUUCUAUCACUUCUCAAUAAGCCAAAGAGGAAUGGAUUGAAACAAAGAGAAGGAUACGAGACUCCAAAGGACGAUGGGAAGACCUGGUAUCCCAGAAGAGAGAGAUAAACAACACUUUAGCGGCAUAUUCUCCCUCUGUGCAGCACAGUCUGCCCCAGCUGGCAUAAGAGAUCAAAAUCAUUAGAGCCUGGCAUUUCAAAGAGGGCUAUCUCAUAAACAAUUGAUCUUCACAUUGUGGGACUUUUGUAAACAAUGCUUUGGUCCCCGGGCCCCCAGACAAAACAUUAAAAGAAGAAAAGAGAGAAUCCCCGUGCCAUCUGCACUGUUUCUGAUCUCUCUCUCUCUCUUUCUACAUUUUCUCCAUCCUCUUGUGACGAGUCCAUAUAACAACAUCAGUAAAACCUUCCCAGGAAACGAAGACUGACAUCAGAUCCGAGUUGAUUUAAAACAGGAAGGGAUCUGACCUGAACGUAACCUUGAUGCAGCUGAUUGAAAUGGCAUUCGGCAGUGACCCUUGCGGACAUCCUUGUGGACCAGUUCAGUAGACAUUCGGCAACAGCGACUGGCUCAAUCUUCCUUCUCCUAUUCUGCGAUUGGCUUGUUCUACUGAUGACUCCAAAGAGAGGCUGAAGACUCUGUUUCAGCCAUGGAGAAAAGGGAGGACACCAUCUUGGACUUCUUCAACAAUGUGUGGCACUUUGCCACAGACAAGCAUGACCAGGGGGUCUACAACACCGUGUGCCUGGUGGUCCUCCUGGCGUUACCUCUGGUCGUCCUUCUCACCUCCCUGGUGGUGUGCUGUCACUGUUGCUGCUGUCGCCAUGCCACCUGCCGCUGCUGCAGAGAGGGUUGCGGCGGCAGAGCCAAAUCGGACAAGAAGAAGAAGAACUCAACCCAUGAAGACCUGUGGAUCUCUGUGAAAACGGGACCUAUGACUCCAGACAGAGUGGCCCUGACUAUGGUGUAGGAGAGACUGCUGUAAGGAAGCACAGGGCUGUUUUGCUGUUUGAGGCGGGCGUGAUUUUUACUGUUCGGUACAUGCUGGGUACUGCUGUUUAAUAUGCUCAAGUGAAAGACUGAGGUUCCUGACAUGAGGUUCUGAGAAGGAUCUAAGUGUCAAAGAGUGUCUGUGUGUGUGUGUGUGUGUGUGUGUGUGUGUGUGUGUGUGUGUGUGUGUGUGUGUGUGUGUGUGUGUGUGUGUGUGUGUGUGUGUGCGUGUGUGCGUGUGUGUCUGUGUGGGUGGGUGUGUGUGUGUGUGUGUGUGUGUGUGUGUGUGUGUGUGUGGGUGUCCAUGAGGAGGUAUACCCACAUAUGUGUCCUGGCCAGAACUUUGUCUAUACAGGCCCUGUUCUCCUCCUCUGGACUUCAAUAACCUUCACACAGAUCUCAGAGAGUAAAACGUUUUGACUCUCAUCAUUAGCCAGGUACAGUUCAGUUUGGGGUUCUCAGACCUAAACCCUUAACUCAACCGUGGGUUGUUUCAAAGUGACUCCUGCCUUGAUUUGGUUACAAACUUUGUUUCAUGUGUCAGAAUCUAGCCUGUCCAAGUGGUUGUCUUCUAAGAAAAGAGAACUUCCAACUGUUGGAGAUGCAGGGUAGAGUCAAGGCAUAGUGAAACGCAUCAGCUUACAUAAACAGCAGCUAUUUAUUUCCACCAAUCAUGUUCCCAGCUUUCAGGCAUCAUAUUUUUCACCAUUCUCGUAGUUUCCGUGACAUUUGGCUAAAGUGUGGGAAAAUGUAUUUUCCCUCUGCAAAAGUUUUACUUUUUAGAUCCUAAUAGUGAAGAGGAAGGGAUUUGCUGUUGGUUUGAACAGACAAGCUGUCAUAGCAGAUACUUUCACAUUCUGUCUCGGCCCAGCUUUGAUCAAACCCAAUUAUGCAUGAGAAUGUAUGUUUUAGUUCCCUUUGUUGCCACCCCACGAAAUGCUGAGGUGAUCAUUUUUUCCAGUCAAUAGGACUGCAUGCAUUAUUUAUCUUGUCACAUUCAAUGGAGAAAACAGGGACAAAUAAUAAAGUAUUUUUCUAGCUUU